CCUAUAAGUGGUCACCUAAUUAAGUCAUUUACUCCAUAAUAUAAACCAAAGCAGGAAAAUAAGAAGCUUACUCGUAGUCAUGAAUUUAAAAAUUGUAUACAUUUUUUGCUAUUUUAUAGCAAGCACUUUUAGUUUUUUCUAUAAACCUUCCAUGGAAACUGGUAUAAGUGUUGUUCGGAAAGCACCCAGAUGGAAUAUGCCCUGGCUGGGUGUUGGUUUAUGGUGCAAUGGAUGUCCACCGCUAGGUUGCGAGGACGAUGAAGCAAUAAUACAUGGGUACUGUUGUGGAUGUAAGCAUGUGUUCGAUAAUUUACCAAUACUAUGUCCAGAGUUUCUCCAAUGUCCUCUCAACUUGCACGGCCUCUGCCACGACUAUGAAUAUAUGAUGAGAUGUUGUUGUUGAAUCUCCAGUUUGAUUGUUAAAACUUGUAUAAUUUUAAAAACCGAACAAAGUCUUUGAUUUAUUAAUCAUUUACGAUUUUCUAUAACACUUAGGGUCUGUCUCACAAUGUACGGAUAAAUACCAAAUAGCUAUUCAACACAAAUUAUUUGGAAGAUAAAAGUUCCGAUUAGGAAACUUUGCGUUUCAUAAAUUAUGAUGGACUAUAUGCGACGAAUAGCGCUAUCUGACAGUCGUGAACAAUAGUGUUUAUCCUACCAAUAAGUAACAAAAAGCUUAUUUGGAACUUAUGUAGAACUUAUCCGUACAUUGUGAAACACGCCCUUAGCCUCAAAUCUAGUGAUUUUGUGUUUACUACGAUCU